ACUCACCGAGGAGUGACAGCGUGACGGGCGUCGCGACGCUCACGCGUUUCCUUCGUUUCCUUUUUAUAUUUCGGUCUCUUUCCUCCUCUCCUCUUCGUCGUUACUUCCGGUCGGAAAAUCUGAUGGUUCGCCAACGAACUUCGGUUAUUGACACACAGUGCCAGAGACCGUCCCCGAUGGUCCACGCGAUGUAGUGACGAUUCACGAGAUAUUGUCACUCGGGGCUGCAACGACGCCUCCUUCCCCUCCUCGUUCUCCUCCACCUUCUCUUCCUCCUCGUCGGCCACAUCGCCUCGGAUUACAUCAUGACAAACACGACUCUACCGAAGGCAGCGUAAUGCCGAGGGAAUCCUGUCCCGGGUUGCUGUUGACCCUGGUGUCGAUAUUCGUCGGCCUGUGCGAGUCCUCCGCCGCCCCCGGAGCCGCAACAUCCGGUACCCAACAGCCACAACCGCAGCCACAGCAGCAACCGCCGCAGCAGUCGCAGCAUCAGCAUCCAAUUUGCAGGCCCGGCCUGGAGUUCUGGUCCCCCGAACGUGCCUCGUGCUGGCCAUGUACUCGAUGCGCCCCCGAGUUCACUUUGAGUCCGUGUGUGAUUCACAAGGACGCGAUAUGCGGCCCACUGUCAGCGCUCGAGCUCGAUUGGUCCUUCCUGUCGUCGACAGUCAGGAAAAGGCCCUCGCGAGCCGGCGAUAACGAUGGGGCCGUUACGUCGAACGCGUUCCUGCGGUUCUCUGAAGAGAGGACGAAAGAACGGCCCUUCGUGGAAGCCGAUAAAAGAUCUGUGUUCUGGUCUUAACACGUUGACUUUAUGACGCAGACGACGCAUGAUCCUCGGGAGAGGAGAAAAUCGACCGUCGAAGACAAUCUACCGUGGGACUGGCAGACCGGUGCUCUGGUCCUUGCGGUAUGCGCCUGCAUAGUAUUCUUCCUGGUAGCGGGAUGCUCGGCAAUCGUCUACGCGAGGCAAUGGCGGCGGAUGAAGAGAAACUUCGAGCCGGCGGGUCUCGAGGAAAUCUCAGCCAGAUUGAACUUGAUGGUGAAGGCGGAACUGGCCGAAUUGGUAGCAGGAGCACCGAUGAAUCCAGGUGAUCCCGAAACCAGAUGUCAGUAUCUCGAGAAGCUUUUAGACCGGAAACGGGAGACUCCGGUGGUGGUGACGACGGCGACAGCGACGACGGCUGCAGCAGCGGCAGCAGCGACGGCGGCGGCGGCUGGCUGGCCGGAGGCAGCAGCCGGCAACUUGUACAUCGAAGAGGGGGGCACAACGACGCCGAAGAGUAAGCGAUCGCAAAUCGCGCGGAUUCAACGUAACAUUGAGACCAUUCUCAGUCACAAGAGUCAGGGUGCCGAUUGAUCGGGGAUCCCCAGUUCGGAAGAUCCCCGAGACGCACUCUUAGGGCGGUAUUCGUAGUCGGAUCUUAUCUUUAAGACUGUCUUGAGUAUAGUCUGAUCUGAAGAUGCCAU